UUGCCGCAAAGGUCUAUUGGAGUGAUCAUAUUGAUGCAGACGAAGACGAAGCUGUUGAUGAGGUACUAAAUGAACCAAAAGCAGAAUGGGAAGAGACUGGAUUCAAACUAUCUUUUUCAGCAACUCAAGGCAAAUCAAGCUCCACAAAGUUUACAUCUUAAAAUCCCUUUUGCUACUAACAGUCAAUUCUCAUUGUAUUGUAUCUAUUAUGAAGGAUUCCUCCAAUGAAUCACCAGACAAGCAUCAGGUCAGGGUUCUUCUGAGUCUAUUGACAGGAUUGGGCAUGAAGAGGGUUCUACUGAGUCUAUUGACAGUGAGGACGAUGAUAUGAAGUCCUUUUACACUUCCUUGGGAGCAUAUUCUCAGUCUGCAUCCAACAGUGUCAUUACAAAUGCCCAGUCCCAGAAAACCAGGCCAGGUCAAUUCAACAUAGACAAGGCUUUGGACAUGGUAAAAAAUGUAUUAGCAACCGACUUCUCUUCUGCAUGUCAUCCUGGUUGUUCCAUUUCUUUGAAUUCAGCAUUAGAAUUCUUGUGUUACAUGGAUGAAAAAGAUGGCAUCUUGGUUAAAAUGAAAGACAUAGUGCUUCAAAUCUCAAAGGACUUCACAGUUCUGAAAAUCCGUUUCUACCAAGCCAGUGACACCAUCCAAAGGUGCACCAAUCUGAUCAAGCCUAUGGCUGAGAUAGCAUCUCAACUAGAUGAGAAUAAACAAAAGUUCUUGAAACUCGAUUCAGUUGAGGCAACAAUUCAAAGUAGUAUUAUUGAGGCUGAAACACAGAUCAAUGAGCACAUGCACGACAAAGUUGGAAGGAGUAUCUCUGGAGCUGAAGGACAGAUAAAUGAGCUAAAACAAAAAAUAGAUUCUUUGACAAAACAAAAGGAAAAGCAAAGCAAGAAAAGAAAACAAUCUAUUCUGAUGGAAAGAAGCUGAAGGAAAAGUGGGAUGCGGCAGCUAAUGCAGAGGAGGAGAAGAAGGAAGCUGAGAGGAUAAAGAGGGAGAUUGAAGAAAAGUGGUCGGACUACAACAAACAGUUUGAGAACUUGACAUGCAAUGGAGGUUAGAAUUUUCUGUUUUAGUAAUUACUAUUUCAUCAACUCAAAAAUUCUUGUAUGCAAAUCAUGAACUCUUCUGACUAUUCAUAUGAACUUCUACUAGUUUCUUUUAA